AUGAGAGGGUGUAUUUCAAGGAAAAAAAAGAAAAGGGCAGCAGGCAGCCGAGAUGGGCGAACGGUUUCCAAGUUGGUUUGUGUGUUCCUGUGUGCUUUUACAAUAGUGGUGGUGCCAACCCUGAUCACGGCUCAAGGCAGUGGCAGUGCGGAAGAGGAGUACUGGCGAAUCCGAGCAGAGGAAGCCUGGAACCACACGCUCAAGGCUUAUGAGGCUAAUCCCCACACCGUUAUUGGGGCCUUCAAUAAGCAAGCUUCCGACGCUGUAAAAGAAUUCUUGAGCGAGAAGAACAACACGAGGAGGGAACUGAGAGGGAAAACGUGGGGAGGAGGCUGCUUGGCUACCAACCCAAUCGACAGGUGCUGGAGAUGCCAGCCAAAUUGGGCCGACAACAGAAAGAGGCUGGCAGAUUGUGUGGUGGGUUUUGGCCGCGGCACCACCGGGGGAAAGAAUGGUGCAUUCUACGUCGUCACAGACUCUUCCGAUGACAGCAUUCUGGCACCGAAACCCGGAACCCUUCGCCAUGCAGUGAUCCAAAAGGAGCCACUUUGGAUCAUAUCAACGCACAUGGUAAUCAGGCUCACGCAGGAGCUGAUCAUGCAGGGCGACAAGACCAUUGAUGCUCGUGGGGUGAACGUCCACAUUGCUUACGGCGCUGGAAUCACCAUUCAGUUCGUUAAGAACGUCAUCAUCCACGGUCUCCACGUCCACGAUAUCCAUCAGGGCUCCGGUGGCCUCGUCAGGGACUCGGUCGAUCAUUUCGGGAUUAGGACCAUGAGCGACGGAGAUGGGAUUUCCAUCUUCGGAUCCAGCAACGUUUGGAUUGAUCACGUGUCCAUGUGGAAGUGCUACGACGGCCUCAUUGAUGCCGUCGAGGCAUCCACCGCCAUCACCAUCUCAAACUCUCACUUCACCGAUCACAAUGAGGUGAUGCUCUUCGGUGCCAGCGACAGUCAAUCCAAAGAUGCUGUCAUGCAAAUCACUGUUGCUUUUAACCAUUUUGGUAAGAGGUUGAUUCAAAGAAUGCCUAGGUGCCGAUGGGGAUUCAUUCACGUCGUCAACAACGAUUAUACUCACUGGGAAAUGUAUGCCAUUGGUGGUAGCCAACAUCCCAUUAUCAUCAGCCAGGGUAACCGCUUCAUUGCUCCUCCCGACAUCUUCAAGAAGGAGGUGACAAAGAGGGAUUAUGCGGAGGAAGCGAGAUGGAAGCAGUGGACGUGGAGAUCAGAGGGAGAUCUUUUCAUGAACGGAGCAUUCUUUGUUCAAUCUGGAGAUCCAGAUUUUACCAAGAAGCAUCCUGAAAUUUUCGACGGCAUAGCUCCUGCGGAUAGUUCACAGGUGACUUGGAUAACGAGGUUUGCUGGUGCCCUUUUGUGCAGACCUGGAAGCCCGUGCUAGUAAUAACUAAUCCCCGUGCGUUGCCGAGACAGCUUCAGCCAUUCAAUAAACAGAACCCAAAAUCAAUAAAAAGCCAUAUCUCAUGUAACUUAUUUUUUGAGGAGACAUUGAUCGAUCGGGGAAAACAUUGACACAAGCUAAUUUUCUUUUCUUUGCUUUUCGAUGGGUUUAAAAUUAUAAUGAAAAGAAAUGCCAAGUCCAGUCGGUUUAGCACUUUUCUUUUUUUUUGGGUUAUUAAUUUGGACAUGUACUGUACUGUAGGGGGAUUCAGUUUCGAUUUUUGUACGAGAAUGCCUUUUAUUUUUCUUUAGAUGUGAAUAACAUUGAACGAAAAA